AUGCUCAUGGGGGGCGCUGCCCGCCGCCAUAAAACCGGGCGCCCAGGCGCGGGGCGGCCAGCAGCCAUGCAGAGCCCCGGCCCCGCCGCCCCCGCGCUGCACCUGCUGACAUCCUACUUCAUCGACAGCAUCCUGGGCAGCCGCAGCGCCGCCGCCGCCCACCACGGCGGGGACCCCGCAGAGCCGCCGAAGCCCUCCCCGGGCCGGCGGCCGGCCGAGGAGAAGCUCGCCUUCCCGGCGGACGACGAGGAGGCGACGGGCGACAGCGACUGCCAGGAGGAGCGGCGCGCCUCCGAGCCCGGCGCGGCGGCAGCAGCAGCCGCCGUCGAGGCUGCAGGGCCCGGGCAGCUGAAGAGGAAGCAGCGCCGCUACCGCACCACCUUCAGCAACCUCCAGCUCGAGGAGCUGGAGCGCGCCUUCCGCAAGUCCCACUACCCCGACGUCUUCACCAGGGAGGAACUUGCGAUGCGGCUAGACCUCACGGAAGCCAGAGUUCAAGUUUGGUUUCAAAACCGAAGAGCUAAGUGGAGGAAACGAGAAAAAACCGAAAUUUUAGGCAGCAUGCCUGGGAUCUCCUUGACGCAUCCUUUGGGCCUCUAUUUGGAUGUUCCACUGAGUCCAUCUCCUCUCUUGGAACCCGCAUGGCGAUCUGUGCCAGUUUCCACAAUGGCUAUGCCAUCAAUGGCACCAGCUUUCAGCCCGACAGCAAUGACACCGUUCGGCCUUGGCAGCCUCACCUGGACAUCCCUCUUCCGAAACCCAGUUUUAAGCCCUCAACUUGGAAGGUUCCUCAGUGCUCUGAACCCCCUCGUGACAACUACUUCCGUCCUAAUGAAAGCUCCUGGCCCCCCAGCAGACCCCGUUGCAACAGCCUUCGCUGACCCAGUAGCCGCUGAAAGGAAAACCUCUAGUAUUGCAGACCUGAGACUUAAAGCAAAAGAACAUUCUGCACAAAUCCCCCAACUGAACCAUGUAGCGACUCCAACAAGUGCUAGCAAAGAUCUUUAACC